AGAAUGAAGAGAAAGACAAGCAUAAUGAUGAGGAUAAAGAAAAUGCAAGAGUAGAAAAUAGAGAAGAGGAUGAUGAUGAAAAUGAUGAUAGUAAUAAUGGGAAUAAUGAGAAUAAAAGCGAAGAUGAGGAUAGAGUAUAUAGUGAUAAUGAAAAUGAUGUUAGUGAUAGUAAAAAUGAGAAUGAAAAUGAAGACGUGAAUAGAGAAAAUGGUGAUGAUGAAACUCUAAUCAAAUAA